AUGUCCACAGGUAUAAUCUUGACUGCGCUUGAAUCGUGCAAAUAUCCAUUUCAAAUACCCGAUGUCUUGGCUGCGAAGAUCAGGUUUCGAGGCAGCUCUGGCGGAGAUGAUAUAUUAGACCACAGUAUCUCACGAGCGUCAUCUUUCGACACAGGACCCAUAUCGGAACAAGAGAAACCUCGGGAGGUCAUAGUUCAGAAAACUCGCAUAGAGAGAAAACCAGUACCUCGGUCUCCGUCAGAGCUCAGUAAAGCCCCAGAACGUCCCUUGACACCAUUACUGUCUAUGUCGCCACGGAAGAGGCCGGACUCAAGAAGUUGGGGCGAGGAAUGGAUGCAUUUGGCAGAAGAGAGCGGUCUGGAAAAGAAAAGUGUGUCGACUUCCGAUUCGGCGAUCUCGCUGUCGUACGAAACCUCUUCAGGAGCUUCAGAGUCUACGAGCACGUCCGAUCGAAGUUCAAAUGUCUCGGUACCGAGAAGAGUAGUAGUAACACGACGUUCGGUUCAUCAAAGAAGAAUGAGUAGGGCCGUCACUCCAAGCAGUAGUAUCAGCAACCUUUCGAGGAGGUCGCCACUCUCAUCAGUUCGAUCUGCUGAUUGCCCACAUAUUCUGGUCCGCCCGGAAUUAAGAUAUUGUCCUCCUCAGAUUCCUCCACCACAUGGAUGGAAUUCUUCAAGGACAUCGUCCAUAUCACAACUGAUCCCAGUUGCAGAUAUCCAGAGUCUCCAAAGCCGGCCGUCUAGUACAUCCGAGAACCUUGUAAUACGCGGACCAAGAAAGACUCUACCAGCCUUACCUCGAAACGGACCUCCUCUGACCAGAAGGAAAACGAGCGACCUGAAAGUGCCUGGAGCAUAUGUUAAUGACCAGGCGAGCUUCAACUAUGAAGAGAAUUUGGACGAAUGUGUUCGGAAGAUCGAGGUCGAAUAUGUGAAGCGGUCACCGAGCAGGAGGAACCAACACCCCAGCACAAUUGGGAAGAGGCAGCCAGGGAACUUUGAGCGACUAUCUCCACCCCCGACACGGGUUGACACCAAAGCGAGGUAUCGGGAGAAGAGGCCGGUAUCAGUGUCACCAUCGAAAUCAAAACCAGUCGCCAAGAUUCGUCCUGGGACAGCACAUCCGGCUGGAUCCGGGAGAGUGGAAAAUGUAACUGUUAAAGAGUUUAGACGAUUGAGUCUUGGGGAUAUCUCGUUAGGGUUGGGAAGCUUGGCUGGACUCGGGAAGAUGUUUGACUGA